AGUCGAUUUUUUAUGAGAACUAUAAGUUAUUUUAAUUUACUAUCUAAGAGAGUAUAUUAAAAAUAGUUUUUAGACAGUUUUUCACAAGUUUUCAAAAACAAUUUUAAAAAUGCUUAUUUUCCGGACAUAUCAAACACACCAUCUUUAUUUUCAUGUCAUCACUUACGCUAUCUUUGCUGGCCUAUGCCUUCUGGACAAUAAUUAUUAUUAUGGUGACAACAGCAAUGUUAAGUUGUUAACUUUACUAGAAGGAUUUAGUGUUAGAACCAGUCAAUUUCACAUUAAAAUAAGCAUAAACCAUACUUUAAUAAUUAACUUACGAUAAAGACUAAUAGUUAUAGUAAUAAUAUUAAUCUUCUUAUAUAAAGAUAGAGAAUAAAGUGCUUAAAGAAAACAACUAGUUGAAACUCAUAACACUAAAGGAAAGUUUGCUUCAAUUUGUAAUGGAAAACUUGUACAAUUUUGGUGAGUUCAGUUUCAAUGCAGUUGAAGAUAAACUUAGUUCAUCCAAUGAUAUUUUCUGGGAAACCAAGAAAGUUCAUGAGAUAAAAAAUGCUCAAUUUUUUGUUGCAGAAGAUCUAGGAGAGUUUAAUGGAACUGAGUCUCUGUGCUCUAAUUUUGGUUUCUUUCAAGAUGAUCCAUCAUAUGAAGGCGAGUUUCUUCUUUCCACCGAUCAACAAAAGUUUCAAGAUUAUGAAACUUUCGAUAACCUACAAUUCGACAUGGUUAACUUUGAUGAACAACUACGUACAACAAAAAAUCUUCCACUUCCUGACACAGAAAAUGAUAAACAACACUACCAAACUCCUUUAGCAGCGGUCGAGAUAUUAAAGAAUUACGGCAAAGGAUUCAAGAAGUUAUUGUUACCGGAUGAAGGAAAAAUCAUUCAUCCAGUAAAUGAUUUCGGUUUUGUCACAAGCAAUGAAAAUGAGAGAAAGUUGUCGACUACGGAUAUCAUGAAGGUGGCUGGAACGAGAUUCAUACAAUCUUCUUCGUCGGAAUCUGCAUUAUCAGGUUUGAUUCUUAAUCACCCUUUUGGUUUUAGUUUCUCUGGUUUAUCAGAUGAAGAGAAAGAAGAUGUUUCACUUGUUGAAUCGCUAUUAGCUUGUGCUGAAAAAGUUGGAUAUCAACAAUUUGAACGUGCUAGAUUUUUUUUACCGCAAAUCGAGUCGUUAUCUUCGAAGACAGGUAAUCCGGUUAAACGCCUGGUUCAUUAUUUCGUCAAAGCUCUCCGCCAAAGAAUUGACAGAGAAACAGGUAGAGUUUGUGCUGACAGUUUGCAAAAGGCAGAGUCUUUAUUUGAUCCUGAAGAGGACGCCAAGGUUCUAAAUCCGACCCUUCUUGCGUUUAUCGAAGAUCUUCCGUUUUGUAAAAUUUCAAUGUUCACAUGUGUACAAGCUUUAAUAGAGAAUUUUAAAGAUGCAAAGAAAAUUCAUGUUAUUGAUCUCGAAAUUCGGAAAGGGUUACAAUGGACAAUCCUAAUACAAGCACUUCAAUCGAGAAACGAAUGUCCACUCGAGCUUCUAAAGAUAACAGCUAUUGCGAGCGGAAAUAUAGACACCACAAAGCAGAUAGCCGAAGAAACCUGUAAAAGAUUGAAAGAUUUUGCGCAAAGUUUGAACAUACCUUUUUCCUUCGAUAUAGUUGUUGUAUCCGAUUUAUUACAUCUAAGAAAAGAUCAUUUCAAAAUAGAUUCCGAUGAAACAGUCGCGGUUUAUUCUCAAUAUGCGUUACGAAACAAGAUUCCACAAUCAGACCAACUCGAAACAAUCAUGAGAGUUAUUAGAACUAUAAACCCGAUAGUAAUGGUUGUCGGGGAGAUUGAAGCCAAUCACAACUCUAAGUCUUUUGUGAACCGUUUCAUCGAAGCGCUAUUCUACUUUAGCGCUUUUUUCGAUUGUUUAGAAGAUUGUAUGAAAGGUAACGAGAAAAACAGAAUAAUUCUAGAAUCGAUGUAUUUUAGUUACGGUAUAAUGAAUACCGUGGCGAAAGAAGGAGCCGAAAGAAAGAGUAGGAAUGUGAAGAUUGAUGUGUGGAGAGCAUUUUUUAAAAGAUUUGGAAUGGUGGAAACAGAAUUGAGUAUGAUGAGUUUGUAUCAAGCUGAAUUGGUUGCUAAAAGAUUUGCUUGUGGAAAUUCUUGCACAUUUGAAAUGAAUGGAGAGUGCCUUGUUAUUGGGUGGAAAGGAACACCAAUUAACUCUGUUUCUGUUUGGAAGUUCAUUUGAUGUGUUUGGUAUGUGUAAGUAGGAGAAAUUUUGGGUCUUAAUGUUCAAAAUUUUGUGUGUAGUUGGAUUGUAAUAUUAAUAAUUUCAACUUAAUAUAAGAGAUAGGUUUUGUUUAAAGGAUGUUGCAUGUGUUAACUAUCAAAAGUAUUAAAAGAAAUUUGUAGAGUUUUUUUUCUUUCUAUUACAGUAUGAGAGUUGUUUUAAAAUAUCUUG